AUGGCGACCGUCCUCCCUCCACCAUCGAAGCGCCAAAAGACUGCAGCUGCAGCACGCGCGCGCGAAGCCAUUACACCUCCGCCUGAAAUACCGCAGGGAACGCAACGAAUUCAGUUUCGAGAUGCAGAUAGCGGCGAUGCACAAGGUCCUGCUGUGGCCGUCUCACUUAGCGAUCUCUCGCCAGCAAAGCUUUCGCUACUACUCAAUAGUCUACUGGGAAAGACGGAUCCAAGCGACCGACUACCCUACCGAUUCUACGAUCCGUUCGAAGGCAGCGGCGAAUUCGACCAGAAAGAGAUCAUCGCGAGGUACUUGGAUGGCAGAAGCAACACAGAAGGCACACUAGACGUACCAUGUAGAGCCGAGGCGGUCUUCAAGGUCAAGCCAGUGACAAGAUGUUCGGCGAGUAUAAGUGGUCAUGGAGAGAGCAUUCUUGCAACAUCGUUCUCGCCCGGCACGAGUUCGAGAUUGGCGACUGGUGGUGGUGAUAAGACGGCGAGAAUCUGGGAUUGUGAUACAGGUACACCACAACAUACGUUGAAGGGGCAUACAGGUUGGGUGUUGGCAGUAGCGUGGAGUCCCGAUGAGGGUAUACUAGCAACGGGUGGCAUGGACAACACAGUGAGAUUAUGGGACCCUGUCAAGGGAACGCCACUAGGAGGGCCGCUGAAAGGUCAUACGAAAUGGAUCACAAGCAUUUCCUGGGAGCCAUAUCACUCAAGAGAGCAAGGUCGACCACGAUUGGCAAGCGCAUCGAAGGACGCGACUGUGCGGAUAUGGGAUGCUGUUCAUGGGCAUACAGAUAUGGCACUGACCGGCCACAAAGAUUGUGUGACUUGCGUGAAAUGGGGAGGAGCGGGUUACAUCUACACUGCGUCGCGAGAUCGAACAGUGAAGGUCUGGGAUGCAGUAAAGGGUACACUGGUGCACAACCUGAACGCUCACGCACAUUGGGUGAACCAUUUGGCACUGUCAACAGACUUCGUCCUUCGAACAGGAUACUUCGACCACAAAGGUCGUAAAGAGGCGCCAGAAACGGUCGAGGAGAAGAGAAAGAAAGCGAAGCAACGAUAUGACAUUGCUCUGGCCACCUCCGGGGGGAUUGAACGACUUGUCAGCGCAUCCGACGACAUGACCAUGUACCUGUGGGAGCCAUCGAAGAGCACGAAACCCAUACAUCGCAUGGUUGGGCAUCAGAAGCAGAUCAAUCACGUCACGUUUAGUGGAGAUGGUGUUCUGAUCGCCAGUGCGGGCUUCGACAAUCAUGUGAAGUUAUGGCAGGCGAAGGAUGGCAAGUUCUUGAAUACGUUGAGAGGACACGUUGGACCAGUCUACCAGUGCGCGUUCUCGCCCGAUAGCAGAUUGUUAGUGAGUGGUAGUAAGGAUGCAACGCUCAAAACGUGGGAUGUGAGGACAGGCAAGCUGGCUGAGAAUCUACCUGGACAUCAAGAUGAAGUGUUCGCGGUUGACUGGGCGCCGGAUGGUGAGCGAGUGGGCAGCGGUGGCCAGGACAAGGCAGUGAGGAUCUGGAGAAAUUAG